AGAGGAUUUAAUUUUUAUUCGGAAUUAAAAGUCUCAUGUAAACGUAGCCAAUGAGUGACUGAGAUUUUGUAUCAAAACACAAUAACUCUGUAUGUUUAAGAACAUCAGUGCAGAGAUAAGAGGUACAGCGUUGUCCACAGGGGUCGCCAAGAUCACCACUCAGAUAAAAAGCUACUGUCAGAAACUUUUAUUUUGAAAACCAUGUUGUUAAAUGAUAUUUUAGUUGUUUUAUUUUGAAAACCCUGUUGCCAUAGCGUCAGUGGCUAUGAUGUCAUAUUACAAAAAAAAAAGGAGCUGAACCUUCCGUCCUUUGAUCCUUUGUGACACGCUUUCUACAAUCGGUGUAUACUGAGUAUACUCUUAGUACACACACCCCUCUACCACACACAUCCACACAACCUCAGUCAGAGCAGUCAGUAAUACAGACACUUGAGACAUGGAAACUGUGAGCAAAAUCCAGGAUUUCCCUAUGGAGGAGGACAACAAAAACAAAGCCCGUAAAAAGGGUAAGAACAAGGAGAAGAAGAACCUCUUACCAGCAGAGGAGCUCUCCCUGAACUUCGGUUCUUGGGAUAAAAGAAUUUCAGAUCUGCGUUGUAAGACUACGGGAUACAGGGGGUAUCAGGACCAGGACAGAAAGGGCAAGAAAGAGGAAGGCACCUCUAACAACAAGGGGUCAGAGUCUGAGCCAAAAUGCAACAUCAUCCAGGAGAACAUGGAUGCUCCACAGCAGGCUGCUUUACCUGAGGGUGAACAACAGCAGGCUGCUUCACUGUUAGCUGCUACGCAACAUGCUAGUGGAGAUGAUGAAAUGAUGAUGGGUCCUGUUGUGAGGAGAAAGGUCCGGCCGCAACAACAACCAUGCCAGCCAGCACCAACAGAACAAAUGCAGGCUCGUGGAGUGAAUGCUUCCCCCCAACAAGCCAGAGGUAAAAUCCCAGCAUUAAUGGACCUGGAUUUUAGCAAUUACGUACCAAAAUGUCAACCGACCAGCAACAUAAGGACCGAGCAGAUCAAUGAGCCUAACAAGGGCGAUCAGGCUGGAGAUGCUCUUAUAACUCAACUAAAGGAAAUCGGCAUCUGUGCCCGCAUUGAACAAGAGACUCAGCCCAUGCCAGAAAUGACCUUCGUUUCUGAGCUUGAGCGUGAGCAGCUCAAAGCCAAGAACGAAGAGAAGAAUAUAAGGCUUACAAUGCAGAAUUAUGCUUUAGCAGGACAGGUGCAGCACCUAACAGAAGAGCUGCAAAAGGUCACCACACAACAUGAGCAAAUUAAGGUGAGAAAGGAACUCGAGAUCCAGGACUUGGAGUUUCAACUUUUGGUGAAGAAGCUCUCUAAAUCGGACAUGCUGAAGAAGGUUAAGAAGAUUGAAGAAGAUCUGUGGAACCAGAAGCAGAGCUGUCUGGAAACUGAACUACAACUGGCACAACAAAGAGAGGACAAGGACAAAAUGAAGAAUGCACUGUCUCAAACAACUAGAGACCUGGAGAACCAACGACUACUGUGGGAGGAGGAGAGAGCCAAGCUCCAGCAGUCCAUCCGCACUAACCAACAGGCUGUGGAGGACAACGACAACAUUUUCAAGGAGGGAUCGAAAAAGCUUGCAGAACUGGAGGAGAAGAUGAAGACACUGGUGAAGAAACCAAAGAAGCCAUCUCUUUGGAGAAGAUUUACCAGUUUAUUUAAGUAACUCCCUCUACCCCCAAGUCCCCCUUAAAAAAAUAAAAUAAAAUAAAUGAUUAAAAUAAA